AUGACUCACGCAGCAACAUCCCUGAUAGGAAAAGAGAUUGAAACUUAUGUGUUUCUUGAUUUCGAAACUAAAGGGCUAUCCAAGACCAAGUCAUUAAGUGAUUCUGCUAUCGAUCAACUCGAUCUAAAUGUCAGCUUUGGGGCUGCAUGGAUAGCAAAAGAAAACGAAAAUGUUAAACAACCGAGAGUUACUGAGAUCGGUAUGGUAGCUGUGAAAAGAAGUGAUUUUCAAGAAGCAGUCAGGAAGAGCGAAAACAAAGAGCAGCUCGAUGAUAUCAUUGUAGGAUCUUUCCAACGUCAUGUAAAUCCUGAGCUUACAGGAGAUGAAUUGGAAAAAUUUUUACGUAAAAUAAAACAAAAACCCACAGUGCCUCUGAAAUGUUUUGGAGAAGAGUGGCCCGCUAUCAAAAAGUUCUUGGAUGGACUCACUAAACCUCUUUGCAUUGUGGCUCAUAAUGGCUCGAGGUUCGACUUUCCAAUUUUAAGAGAGGAAUUGAAAAUAGCUAAAAUAGAUGUCCAAAAAUCUUUAGGAGGAUACUACUUCGCAGACAGCCUGUAUGCUUUCCGAUCAAUUGAUCGAGACUAUUUGGAACGUAUCCGCGAAAUUAUGGGUUUUACGAAUUCCACCAACAAUAAAAAUAAAAAAAAGAAAAAAGAUGAUGCUCAUAGUGAUUUGAACAUCAACGACUGGCCUUUGGCUAUCAAAGCUCGUUUCAAAUCUUCAAUCGAACGAAAAGACAAUGGUGAUUGGAGCUUCAACGAGAAAUCAUACAAAAAGUUGAAGUUCAAGCUAUUACCGCUUUAUAAAGCUAUCUUCGGCGGGAGAUUUACAGCUCACAAGGCUGUUAACGACUGUAAAGCUCUACUGAAGUUAUGCUGGGCGUUUAAUACUGUGGAUUACUUCGAGAAAGAGUCAGCAAAGAUUUUCAAAAAAAAAAAAGAAUAA